AUGGAAGUUAGCACUUGUCUCUCUUCGUCUUCCUCCGCCAAAUUUGGAUGCUUAUAUGACUUCCCUCAAUCCCAAAUCAAUCGUCAUAGCCAUGGUUGCUUCUUCCGAUUUCCGGGGAAGAGCAGAGCACUUGUUGCUGUGAGCUCAGCUUCAUCCAUUGCCAGCACCACCACUAGUGUCAGUAAUGGGUUUGUGGGCCCAGGGAGUUCGACUCAAACUCCAACCAAUACCAACAGAAACUACACCCGGAGCGGUUCUUGCUUGGUGAUCCCUCCGCCGGCCGGCAAGAAGCCCCGGGCUAUCAUCAAGUUUCUCGGCGGUGCCUUCAUCGGAGCUGUUCCUGAAGUCACCUACAGCUACUUGACUGAGCUAUUGGCCAAGGAGGGGUUUCUUGUUGUUUCAGUGCCGUACAAUGUGACCUUUGAUCAUGUCCAAGCUGCCCACCAAGUCUACGACAGGUUCAAUUCUUGCUUGGACACCAUCUUGGCCUCUGGAUUGCCCAAUGUUGAUCUCUCGCCUGCCCAACUAGCUGAGUUGCCGGUGUUCUGUGUUGGCCAUAGCAAUGGUGCACUACUCCAAGUGCUCGCGGGGAGUUAUUUCUCCGAUAAAAUCCCAAAGGCUAAUGCCAUAAUCGCAUACAACAACAGACCAGCUACAGAGGCUGUCCCUUACUUUGAGCAGCUUGGACCAUUAGUUAAUCAGAUGAUCCCUAUUGUAGAGGCAUCUCCAGUUCCUUCUAUGGCUAGGACUGCCUCAGGAGAUGCAUGGAAGGCCCUAGUUGAUGCAGCUGGAGCAGUUCUGCCAGACAAUGAAAAGGAAACUCUAAAUUCAUUCACUAAAUUUGUUGAUCAGUUGCCUUCAGUGCUGAAUGAGGUCACCCAAGGGACAUCAGAGUUUAAGCCAACACCCUCUGAAAAUCGUGAAUUCUUUAAGAGCUCGUACAACGUGAAGCACACUCUACUGGUGAAGUUCAAUUUUGACGGAAUUGAUGAGACAGAUACUCUCGAGGAGACAUUAAAGCCUCGUGUGGAAGCUAUUGGCGGGACACUAGAAAAGGUCGAGAUAAGUGGUAACCAUAUCACACCAUGCGUCCAGGAGCCUAAGUGGGAAGUAGGGGCCUUGUACACUCCAGCAGAUGCUAUUGCUCAGAGUCUUAAAACUCUUUCACUAAAUGACGUUAGAGUCCUAUCCAGAACUAUAAUCGACUGGUUUCGACGUUUUGAAGACUGAGGAAAAGUAUAUACACAUUUUGUAUCCGCUAAAACCUUCAGGGGAGUCAGACUUACAUUCGUAUAGAUAGCUGAUUAAUUUGCUUGUA